AUGGGAUAUGUUGAUCAUUGGGAAAAUGUUGGACCGUCACAGUUCAUUGAUCUUACCAGUGAUGAUAGUGAUGACGGGGUUAUUGAUCUCAAUGAGGAUUACCAUGUAUUGAUUUGCGUGAUCAAGUGCCACCUACAAAUCAAAAGAAAAAACCUGGUCGACCUAAAAAAAUGUUGGCGAGCACUUCUACACGAUCCGACCUCCGAAAUCUCCGUUCGGUCCCGUAUGAUUCGGUUCGGAUCUCCAAAAUAUCAACAUCUUAUGCAGAUGGAUCCCUCGUUCAAAGUCGAGAUUCAAUACAUCCGAACCCAAUCACAUCUGGGCAGUGUCAUUUUCGUGAAUGAUUGGCGGGCCUUCUUGCAUGACAAUGGAAUAGGGGAUGAAGAGACGAUUGUCUUCCGAUGUAUCGGUUAA